AUGCUCCGAAAGUCGCAUUGCGUUCUCUCGAUUCAGCGCGAGCGAGCUAUAAAUUUCGGUCAGGCUUUCACUUCUUUCUCAUCACUAACUCGCAUCCCUGCAGCUCUUGCCACCACCAUGGCUGCCACCCGUUCGGCGACGAUGAUCCUCAGCGCUGUUCUAUUAGCAGCAUUGCUCUUCACCUCCUCCGUGUGCGCUCACCACCAUCACCACCGAAAGUUUAAAGCAUCCGGCUUCUUUUCCGCUCCGACAAAAGACUAUCAAGGUGGUGGCUCAGGAUACGCAGGCUUUGGUGAUGGCUCUGGUUCCGGCUCUGGAGAAGGAAGCGGAUCCGGCUCUGGAUCAUCGUCACCGGUAUAUGGAGGAAUUCCAGGUGGUGCUGGCUCUGGUUCUGGAGCUGGCUCGGGCUCUGGGAUGGGGAGUGGCUCCGGCUCUGGGAGCGGCUAUGGAAGUGGUGGCCCAGCGAGUGGAGGCGGCACGGGUUCUGGCUCUGGCUCCGGUUCUGGAAGUGGCUCGGGUUCUGGCUCUGGAAGUGGUGGAAGUCCGGGAUAUGGUUCUUCGCCUGGCAGUGGCUCCGGCUCUGGACAAGGCAGCGGCUCGGGCUCGGGCUCUGGAAUGGGAUCGGGAUCCGGGAGUGGUGGCUCGUAUGGAAGUGGCUCUGGACAAGGUAGUGGGAGUGGUUCUGGCUCCGGCUCUGGAAGUGGCUCUGGAGGAAGUGGAGGUGGAAGUCCAUACUAUGGAGGAAUUCCUGGAAGUGGCUCGGGCUCGGGCUCGGGCUCCGGCUCCGGCUCUGGUUCUGGUUCUGGCUCUGGAAGCGGUUCUGGAGGAAGUGGAAGUCCAUACUAUGGUGGAAUUCCUGGAAGUGGCACUGGAAGUGGUAGUGGAAGUGGAAGCGGGAAUGGAAGUGGCGCAGGAUCUUCUCCAAGUGGAACUCUUCCAUGCAGUCCACCACCUUAUUACGGUAGCACUCCAGGUUCUGGAGAAGGGAGUGGGGGUGGAAGUGGCUCAGGAUCUGGGUCUGGCUAUGUGCCCAGUCCUCCAUAUUAUGGUGGUGGCUAUUAGAUUUUGACCACUACUAUAAAAUAAUUUGUAUCUAUAAAUUUGAAUUUGAAUAUAACCA